AUGGCGGCUCGUAAUAGAAGAAGAGAAGUCGUUGUUGGGCUAUUUUGGCUGAUUGCCGUGACAGUUGAUUCUGUUCAAGCAAGAAGAAACCGAAUUUUGUCCGACGGAUCGAAUGAUGCCGAGUUUGCUAAGCCCCCAAGAGGAACGCUGAAAACUAUUCAGGGUGGCGGUGGCGAUGUUGUCGAUUGUGUCGAUAUUUACCAACAGCUGGCUUUCGACCAUCCUUUACUCAAGAACCACACCAUUCAGAUGAAACCAAGUUUUUUCCAAGAACAAGAAGGCGAAAGCCAUCAACCAUCGCAAGGGCAACCAGGAUUGGAGGAAUGGGGCGUGGAUUGCCCCGAAGGGACGAUCCCUAUCAUCAGAAAGACAUCGAAGAACCACCCCGACGUCAAGGAUUAUGCCCCGUCAUUUCCCUUUGAUAUUGAAAGCAACAGAAGCAUCAAAUCCUUUAAACACGAAUACGCAUAUGUAAUUGCGGCUGGUGAUCUAGGAAGCUUCCAUGGCGCUCAAGCAAGGCUCAAUGUGUGGAAUCCUCAAAUAGAGGAUUAUGAGUUCAGCGCGGCCAAGAUUUGGAUCAUCGGGGGCCCCACUGCAUCUGCGGAUGUCGUAGAGGCUGGCUGGAUAAGUGAUGGAUACCAAUCUACUGGAUGCUAUGACCUUCAAUGUCCAGGAUUCGUGCAGACGAACAAAAUAUUUCCUCUUGGUUCCAUCAUACCAUCUUCCACGUUCAACGGGAAGCAGACAGAACUGUAUAUAGAAAUCAAACAGGACAUCUCUACGGGAAACUGGUGGCUCCGAGUAAAGAAUGUGGAUUUGGGUUACUGGCCUGGAUUGAUCUUCUCCAGUCUGCGUCUUGGUGCUCGUUCAAUAAUUUGGGGCGGUGAGAUUACGAAUGGAAUAAAAAAUGGCCAGCACACGACGACCCAGAUGGGAAGUGGCCAUUUCCCUCGUGACGGGUACUAUACAAAAUCGGCGUACAUCAGGAAUAUCGGUUACAUCAAACAUGAUGAUCCGAUGCAACCCACGCCCAAGGAAGACCUCCAAACAUAUGUGACAAAUCGUCAGUGUUACGACCUCGUUUUGGGACCAUCGAACCUGAAUUUCGGAACUCAUUUCUACUUCGGAGGUCCCGGACGUUCAGCACAAUGCCCAAAAUAG